AUGCCCGGAGACUCCCCAACAUUCGGGCCUAAGCCCAAAUCCUCAGUCCCAUCCUACCUCCUAAAUGGAACAUCAUCCACUUGCAUGCCAAGCAAUGUGCGAGAGCGCGAGAACCUCCAUUCCUCCAUCAAAUUUUCCUUCGCCCGGAGACAGGUCAUUGAUCCAGAGCUUCCUUCAGAACCACCAUUACCAUUACCUGCUACUGCUACGGGGUUAUCAAUUGUGUGGGAUGCAGUGACUCCAGCAACUACUACAAAUAGCUCUCCAGAUACUGACAACUCCUAUGUUCGAGUUAAUGGCAUACCUGUGAACGAGGGUGGAAAGUCCAAUCAGAAUGAGCAUGAGCAUGAAAAUGAGAUUGAAGAAGACCAUGUUGGUAGACCGAUAGAAGCGCCUAUCAUUUUGAAUGCCGCCCAAAUUUCUUCCGGAACAAAUUUCAGCAGUGAACCCCCGUAUGAUCCUAGACCGAUAGAAUCGCCUGUCAUUUUGAAUACCUCUCAAAUUGCUUCCGGAAGAAAUUUCAGCGGUGAACCCCCGCGUGAUCCUAGGGAUCAUACGGGACCCUUAACGCCUUCUUCCAUUGCCAGCCGGUCUGAGAGCCCGUACACAGUAAACCCGCCGAUUGAUUUUGAUGGACUUAGUUGGCCAAGUGUUGGUACCCGCAAACGCCUAGACUCAUCACCCGAAGAAAGCGAAAAGCGCAUGCAGAAACUCGCAGACGCCGUGCGGACAAUUUUAGAAUGUAUCGGAGAAGACCCGCAGCGGGAAGGGCUGCUAGGCACGCCGGAGAGAUAUGCCAAGGCUCUGAUGUAUUUCACGAAGGGGUAUGAGGAGAACGUACGCGAUCAGGUGAACGGCGCUGUUUUCCAUGAGGACCAUGACGAGCUAGUUAUCGUGAAGGACAUUGAGGUGUUUUCGCUGUGCGAACAUCAUAUGGUGCCGUUUACGGGGAAGAUGCACAUCGGCUACAUCCCGAAUCGCCGCGUCCUAGGCCUCUCCAAGCUCGUCAGACUGGCAGAGAUGUUCUCGCGCCGCCUCCAGGUGCAAGAACGGCUGACAAAGCAAGUCGCCCUCGCAAUAGCUGAAGUGCUAAAGCCACAGGGUGUCGCUGUAGUGAUGGAGUCCAGCCACCUGUGCAUGGUGAUGCGUGGUGUACAGAAGAGUAGUAGCACGACGACUACGAGUUGUAUGCUGGGCUGUAUGCGAGCGAGCGCGAAGGCGAGAGAGGAGUUUCUGAGUUUGUUUAAUCGGAAAUAA